UGUUAAAUACUCUUUGCAAUAUAACUGACCGGUUCAUGUUGUGCUUAUUGUUUCACUUUUAAGUAAAAUUCAAAACAAACCUGGAUUUUAACCCUGUGUAAUAUAAUAAAGUAUUAAUUUUGCAAUUUCAAUUACCCAACAAUGAAGAAGCAACUAGUUAUUUUAUUUUUCUCGCUAUUCAGUGAAUGUUUGGCAAUAUGGUGUUAUCAGUGUACUGCAGCCACGCCUGGUUGCAAUGAACCCUUCAAUUGGCGUGGUGUUGGUUAUCUAGGGAAGCCUUGCCUUGACUGGGAAGAUGUUUGUGUCAAAUUGAUAGAGAGGAAAGGCGCACAAGAAGUAAUAACAAGGGAUUGUUUGAGCAACUUAAAGCCUUAUAGAAUGGAUAUACCAGCUGACACAUAUGAAGGUUGCAGAUCGGCUGCUAAAGAUGUUAACUUGGCUAAUUAUGUUAACAAUACAAUAAAAGAACAUGAUGUGAAAAGAGAUUGGUACGAUGAAACUAUUUGGUGUUUCUGUUUCCUGGAUCAUCGGUGUAAUGGUGCAUCGGUUGUUACAAAUUCAUUUGUUGUGGUUGCAUUGUCAUGUAUUGUGGUAUUCACAAAACUUCUUUGAUAGUCAGUCAUGCACUGCAAAUGACAUUAGUUGUAAGGGUACAAUAGAAGUUGCUUAUAUACAAGACACUUUAUAUACAUCCAAAUCUAUAUAGUAUUAAUAACCAUGGGUUUAUUGUCAUAAUAUUAGUGAAAGAAUAUGUAAUUUCUCUCAUGGAAAACCAAGAUUGCUUUUUGCAUGUGUUUUGGUAAUGGAAACUUUGAGGUUAUGAAUGUAAUGUUUAACAGUUAAACAUCUGUUAUUUAAUUUACGUGUUUUUUGUAUUAAUCUACAAAUGACUAAGUUUUUAUUGUUCAGAUGUCACAGUGAUUAUGUGAUGCAUUUAAUAUGUACAUUGUUGAUUGUGAUUUCUUUUGACAUGAUGGAGAUAUUAUUUUAUAUCUGCAAAUAUAGGCAGUAUACAUAUUGAUAUAUAUAUUGAAUUAAAAAAAA